GAAUAACAUUAGAAUCGAAUGCGUUUAUCAUUCUGUGACACACUUAAAAUUAGUUUAUAAUAAAAAAGUAUUAUAAAUGUAUACAAAUUAACGUUACAAUAAAUAUUUAAUUUAUUUAUUAGUAGUAGAAUGAGUGUAGGUAAAAUGGACGUAUCAGCGUUGCAUGCACCUGUGGACUUUAAUAAGUCUUUGGAGGAAAUGUCGCCAGAGGAAAGAAUGCGUGCUGAACAUCAAUUGAUGCAUGAAAAGCACAAAGGACAUGAAGCCAUGCAUUCAGAGAUGGUGCUUAUACUAUUCAUAACCCUAAUUGUGGCACAGGUGAUAUUAGUGGAAUGGAAGAAGCGUCAUUACAAAUCCUACUCGGCCAUCACACUGCUUGCAAUGUGGAUUAUACCGCUUGUGAUAUCGAUCUGUUACAAUUUCAUACGGUUUGUUAUCAUAUGGUCAUUGUUUUCGAUGUUAACAGCUUUUGUUAUCAAAAAAGCAAUUAGCAAACCCAUAGAGCGCACAACUCCAAGAUUAGUGUACAAAUGGUUUUUACUAAUAUAUCAGAUUAGUUAUUUUUUGGGUAUUGGUGGCUAUAUUGUGAUGAUGGCUACAUUUGUAGGCUUCAAUUUUAUAUUCAACCAAGGUCCUAACGUUUGGAUGGACGCGGGAUUGAUGCUUGUUUUUUACGGUCUUUAUGUCGGUGUAUUGGGUCGUGACAUAUCAGAAAUUUGUUCUGAAAAAAUGGCUGUACACAUAGGGUAUUACACACCGCAAGGCAUUCCCACACGCCACUUGGAUGACAACGUAUGUGCAAUUUGCGGGAACCAACUGUUGGUUGGUGUGAAAGAGGAGGGUAUCUUUGAAAAUACAUACAAGUUAUCUUGUAAUCACAUAUUUCACGAAUUCUGCAUUCGUGGCUGGUGCAUUGUGGGUAAAAAACAGACAUGUCCUUACUGUAAGGAAAAAGUUGACCUGAAAAAGAUGUUUUGCAAUCCUUGGGAGAGACCGCAUGUACUUUACGGACGUUUAUUAGAUUGGAUUAGAUGGUUGGUCGCUUGGCAACCACUUAUUUUCUUCAUAGUACAAGGCAUUAAUUGGGCACUGGGCUUAGAAUAAAGUUCUGCUAGUCAUUUACUUAGACAAAGGAAAGCACAGCAAAAUAAAUUAAUUAAUACCACAACGAAAUGUUUUUAGUGUAUUGUAGUGUUGAUAAAAAGUAGCGAAAUGAAGUGACGUUAGGUUUACGCAUGUUAACAUCCGUCGAAUUAUAUUCAGUGCUACAGUGCACGUAUAAAAACUAGAGUAAAUUUUCUUAGGGAAAUUCUUCAGUGGAAUAUUUAGUAAAAUAUAGUCUUUUAAUUUUAUAUGUACGUAAAAAACUUAUUUAUUUUUUAUUUACAUUGUACAAUAUGAUAUUGUCCACUUAAUUACUUAAAGAUAAUUCUGCAGUGCAGCACAUAAGGCUUCAAAUAAUUUAUUACAAUCUUUAUAUAUUCAUGUAAGCAUGUUUGUAUGUAUGUUUAGUAUAAUAAUAAAUAUUGAAAUUUCUUACGGCAUUAAGACAUACAUAUGUAUGUAGAUUGAAUAGCAUUUUUUCACGGAUACUCGUUUUGUAGUACAUGCGCAUAACACAUUAAUAGUAAUUGUUAAAAAUAAAAUUAGUCGCUUCCGCUGCCUGACCGGGUUUAACUGUUGCAACUCUUCACUGUCAUUCGAUUUUUCUCGCGUUUUUUCUUUAAAAACAUUUAAAUUUUCCAGUCGUUAGCAUGCAUAUACAUAUAAGACAAAAUAGAUGCAGAAUCGUUAGCAGUCGAAUAAUACAAAAUAUUCAAAGUCAAAUAAAUCAAAAAAUAUAUUUUCGUACUUGUGUUUCGAAAACGUAUUUGUAACUUUGUAAGCACGUUUUUAUUAUUCCGAUCACUUGAGAAACGCAUGUAAGCUUGCAACAACACCGGCGACGCCUAUAAAACACUUAAUAUGAGUACACUAAGGUUCCACAAAAGAAACUAAUAACCAGAAGCACCGAUCAUGCUACGAAUUUGUUCGAACGACAGCCAGAAUGUCAGUGACCAUGGUGCCAUACGUAUCCAGCAGGGCAAGAAGCCUUUAUAAAGUGCAGCGAAACCUUCCUUGUUCACUGUCUGACGCAGACAAUCGAUAGAGCCCUUAUAUAGCAGACCCCUAAAAAUAAAAAUAUUUAGAUAUAAAUAUAAAUACUGAUAGGAGUAAAUGUUCUGCACAACAAAUAAAUAUACAAAUAAUACUGAAACACACAAUUCGAUUUUACAUUGAAAUUUCAAUAAUUUAAACCAGCGCAUACCUGCCCUUAUCAUCUGUCGGCUGAUUCAUAAUACGCGUCUUCACCACAUCUGCCGGUGUGCCCAUAAUAGCAGCUACAAAUCCGGCACAUAUGGAGGAAAGUACAUGCACAGUGUGGCAGUCAGGCAUGUUCAAUUUGAUCAUAAUCAUGCGCUUGAUAGUGUCGUAUGUUGUGAGAUCGCCGAGAUUGACAAGCGCCGCACGCUGUACAUUCGGAAUGCUGCCUUUCCACAGACCCGCUAUACCGCCACGACGCACAAUUUCCUUGAACGCAUGUGCAGCGCCGUGCACACGUGCCGGUUCGCCCAUUAAACGACGUUUGCCCUCCAUUUGGAUUUGUACCUUAACUAGGUCGGCCGGUGAAGCCAACCAUUGUGCAACGGCGCCAGCUGAUACACCACAAAGCGCCGACUUCCAUAGCGGUAAUGUAAUAAUGCCAUUUUCAUCGUUGCCCAAUUUACGGCGCAGAAAGUCGUAACUGCAUAUACGCACACCGCUGCAAAAUACAAAAUCUGAGAUGAGCGGUUGCUAUUUAUGGUAUGACAUUAUAUUUACCUGUAGACGACAUGGCGGUAAAGCGCCGGUGUGACACCUUGCCACAAUUUCAUUGUGCCUUCUUCCCUGACAAUGCCGAUGGCAGUUGCCAACAUACCACGAUACUGCUUGAACCCAUUGAAUCAUCACCAUAGAAUCAGGGAGAGAGAACGAAAGUAAGAGGAGUAGAAUGAGUGCACUACGCCCCAGGCGGCAAUUAGAGGUAACGAACAGACGAAUGAAUAAAACAUGUUCAUACUUAUGGUUCUGGAUGGAUAAUUGAUAAAUGGUAGUAUGGAUAUAAUGGAAUGGACCAAUUAUUAGGAUGCAGGAUGUAAAAAAUUAUAAUAAAUACUAUUUUAUGCAAAUAAUUUGUGGACAUGAUGAAAAUGUGAAAUCAUUUACACACAGCGUAUAUUUAUGUAUGUACAUAAGCAUGUUUGUGAACUUACAUACAUACAUAUUACUUUGAUUAUAGAACAAAACAAAAAUUACUUAACACUUGUGAGAUAAUAAAAACGUAAACAUGCAUGUUGACAAAAAACAGAAAACUGUUGACAAAUUUUUAUAGUCACCUUGGUCUUAACGACUCGGUCGGUUUUUAAGCUGUUACUCGCUGCCUCGCCUUGUAUUUGCAAACGCGUUUUGGUGAGAUCCAGUGGAUAUGUGGCUAGUUCUGCUACGGAAGCAGCUACAACGGACACAACAUAAGUACAAGCAAAUGAAUCUGCAUAAUCA